CAAUUUGAUUACUGCUUAAUUGUUUUCGCAAUUUUAAUCUUAACAAUCUAUUGGAAGGAUUCUAAUUCGUAUCCUUUGAUUUCUAUUGACAUUUUAUUUGUUGUUUCUCUUUUAUUAAUGUUAACUAAUUUAGUUCGUUUUUCUUUAAUUAAAUUACCUUAAUUGUAACUAUUUCUCUAGUUAAAUCAUCAGGAAAUCUACAUGAGUGAUAACAAGAAUGAAAGUAAAUCUCGUCAUACAAAAAGUGGAACCAAAAAAUCAAAAAGUCUCGAAAAAAGAGAAUCCGAAAGUAUCAUAGAGCUUAAAGAGCCUGAUUCAGUUGGUAAUCAAUUUGAAAUUGGUCUUUAUAGUAUUUCAACUAAAGAGGAUCAAAGUAUAAGACAAGGAGUCGAUGAUAAAUCAAGCGACAGUUUGACAUUUCUUGAUGUUUAUGAACCAAGUUUGUCAACAAGUAACUUGUCGUUUCCUCAAACUAAGUCGCCAGUGAUUAAUACCAAUGGUCAGAAAAUUGAAUCAAUUCAAGAUCCAAGUAAAUCGUUGAAUUCAACACCAAUAAUCAGUGAAUCAGUUCAAUCAAUUCAAACUCCUAAUCAAAGAGAUCUUAAUCCUCCAAUAAUCAAUAAUGACUCACAACCAAUUGGGAACAUAAUUAAUCCACUCGAAAAUCAAUCAAUCAUCAAUAUCGCAAUGUGGUUACUAUUUGUUUAUUUAAUUCUAGUGGUCAUCUUUCAAUUCUUACGAUUUUUUGAUUAA